CUUCACCAUUACGCCUGGCUUUGCAGUUGUUAUUAUGCGUUAGUUUCUGUGUCAUGACUUUAGCUGUAAGUUGUGUUUUCAAACUCCAUAAUGCGGCGUUACAUUCGUGCACUUUUGUUGUGCAUGGUGUUUGCCGUGUUUUCGGGUUUGUAUGUUUACAGUAGGUUGCUUUACUCGGACGUGCCAGUCGGUGGAAACGGACCGAAGAAGGUUUUCAUCCCACCGAGAGUUCCCGGAGGCAGGCGAGGGGCUGCGGACAAAACUGGGCCCCGAAGCUCACACUGGUACAAUAGGUACAUAAUGCGGCAGAAGGGCCAGGUGGAGACAGGUGUCGUUGGCAGCGUCCAGAGCAGACCGGACCCUCCCAUGCACCUGGCCGUUGUGGCCUGUGGCGAGCGGCUGGAGGAGACGCUCACCAUGAUCAAGUCUGCUGUGCUUUUCAGCGUCAAGCAGCUCUCCGUGCACAUCUUCGCAGAGGAUCAGCUGCACGCCCGUUUUAUGGAAGCGCUGGAGUCGUGGCCCGAUUUGAUCCGCUCCAGGUUUAACUACACGGUCUACUCCAUCAGCUUUCCCAGUGAGAAUGCUGUGGAGUGGAAGAAACUCUUCAAACCCUGUGCUUCUCAGAGGCUCUUCUUACCACUGCUCCUAAAGGACGUCGACUCUGUAGUGUAUGUGGACUCUGACAUCCUCUUCCUGCAGCCCGUAGACCGCCUCUGGGCCUUCCUGUCCAGGUUUAACUCCUCCCAGCUGGCGGCCAUGGCCCCGGAGCACGAGGAGCCCCGUAUCGCCUGGUACAACCGCUUCGCCCGCCACCCCUACUACGGCAGGACGGGCAUCAACUCGGGCGUCAUGCUCAUGAACAUGACGAGGAUGAGGAGCAUGUUCUUUAAGAACGAUAUGACAGCUGUGGGGCUGCGUUGGGAGGAGCUGCUGAUGCCUCUACUUCAGAAAUACAAACUCAAUAUAACCUGGGGAGACCAGGACCUUCUUAACAUCAUUUUCCACCACAACUCUGGUAAGGCUGCACACUUUCCCUGUCAGUGGAAUUAUCGUCCAGAUCAUUGUAUCUACGGCAGUAACUGUGCAUCAGCUGAGGAAGACGGCAUUAACAUUCUGCAUGGAAACAGAGGGGUGUACCACGACCAAAAACAGCCCGCCUUCAGGGCCGUUUACGAGGCCAUACAAAAGUACCCUUUCGGUUCAGAUCCAGUGACGUCUCUGCUGGAGCCCCUGGAGGAAGAACUCUUAAAGACGACACACACUUAUUGUGGUAAAGCCCACCCGCUCUUCACUAAGAGACUGGCACACAGCCUGGCCAACGUCAACAGAAAAGCCCCACGUGGACGGUGACACAAAGGAAACGCUAAUGACUGGAAAAGAAGCCAAAAAGAAGAGACUUAUUAUUUAAGUGAGCAGAUGUUGAAAGCUCAAUAAGACAGUCAGGGUUGUCUCAGAGUGAGACUAAUAACCGCUCUGCUCUUUUUAAGUUGCUCUGGAUUAGAGCGUGAUGUAAAUGCCUGAAAUUGACUUUAAAUGCUAUAAAAGCCGAUCGGCGCUGUAGCAAAGUACAGAUUUUUUCGCAGUGGAAAUUAAGUACCACACAUGCACGUAUGGAUUCUUUUCUCCAUGUGCAGACUUUCACAGCAUUAAGUAUCUUUUAUUCUCUUCCUUGUAAUUACUCACUGCUGUCAGAUCUUUGAUGUUUGGAAGAGUAGCUUUUGUCUUUCCAUAUUGGAGAAUUAAUGAAAAAUGCUCUUAUUAAAAAAAGAGACGAGACUCACAUCAGAACUGGACAAAGGCUUUCAGACGGGCCCUAAUGAGGAGAUGGACGCACUGGACCACUUUUUCAACCAUCAGAAACCACUCCAGGACCAACAUGAUGGACGAGAAGUCAGGAACUUUUAAGUGUCAUUUGAUCGUGCAAACAAUUUCUUCAAUAUUUUAUAUACAUAUAAUGUUCUGCAGUUGCAGGGGCUGGGCCUAUAUAACCACUAUCAGAGUCAGAUUGAACAGUGUUUGUCCCAUUAUGUGAUAUAUCUGUGACACAGGUUCUCUUAACCUGAAUUAAAAUCAAAAAAUGAUUGCUCACAUUUGAGAAUAGUUCAUUAUUCUGUCUUCUGUCAGUCUUGAACAUGUGAAUAAGCUAUAAGUUCUGCUAAUGCCAAAGUUUUUCUUCUUUUUUUUUUUCCAAGUGUUGUGUUUUUCCAUUGUUGAAUGUAUUUUGAACACUUCAAAUCGUAUCGGUGUUCAUGUUGGUGUGGUUGUAAUGUGAGGGGACAUCUUUUGUUACAUGUGUACUUGUUGAUACGUUGUGAGAUUGUUGUGUGGUUUCUUAAAAUAAAGUUCAUCUCAUUAUUUUUGGAA